AUGGAUAAUCUGAAGAAGUAUCUGAAACAAGUCAAAAUUGCUGACGAUUUGGCUGAAGACAUCAGAGGUCAUAUGCAGAUGAAAUAUAGUGAUGAUUACGAUAAGAAAAUUGUCGAAGAUGUUCCAGCUUAUCUCAUAGCCAAGAUAAAUAAAAAUUUCAAUGAAAGCAUUAUCCGGAGUGUUUCUCUUUUCAAGGGAUGUUCACCUGAUUUUUUUAAGCAUCUGGCUAGUGGGGCUCAUCAGGAUUUCCAUCCCCCAGGAUUCACACUCUUAGAAGAAGGAAAUAUUGUGAGGCAAUUACACAUCUUAUACGCAGGAGGCUUGAACUAUUGCAAGGAGGAACUGUACGUCCACCUCUUCAAAGGCCUACUACAAUCUUCGGAUUAG